AUGAAUGACAUUGGCAACGUCAUCCUUACCAAAUAUCUCAUGUUUGCCGAUGAUAUCAAGGUGUUUGGCUCGGUCUCAUUGGCUCCUGAUUUUGAGCGCAUCCAACUUUCUCUGAGUAACAUCGAUGCCUGGUGCAAGGAGAACUUCAUGGAGCUAAACGUCUUGAAAUGCGUCGUCAUCUCCUACAAACGUGAUGCAGCUCCAGUCCGACACGAUUAUGUCCUCAAUGGAUGUACACUGAAGAGAGUGGACAAAGUAUGUGAUCUCGGAGUGACAAUGACCCCUUCGCUCAACCCUCAAGAGCGUAUUACCCACAUUACAGCCAAAGCAAGUUCUCUGCUCGGGUUCAUAUUCAGAUCGACUAGGAACUUCAACUCGCCUCUUACCUUGGUCACGCUCUACAAGUCCCUGGUACGCCCGCUGCUGGAGUAUGGGUCUAUCGUCUGA